ACUGCGUGCACGUCCGUUGCGCGUCAACUCCACGCAUCGUCAACCGCUGGCCGCCUUCUGACUUUGACGCCAUCUCACAAUGUCGACAGACGUGUGCCCACCGUUCGCUUCGUUCUUUGGCUUCGCUGGCGUAGCGUCCGCUAUGAUCUUCAGCACCAUCGGUGCCGCGUUCGGUACUUCGAAAGCAGGCAUCGGUAUCGCUGGCUUGGGUACUUUCAAGCCAGAACUCAUCAUGAAGUCCCUCAUUCCGGUCGUCAUGUCCGGUAUCAUCGCCGUCUACGGGCUUGUCGUGUCUGUUCUAAUAGCCGGCUCACUGAGCCCCACUGGUGACUACCCUCUCUUCGCCGGCUUCAUCCACCUCGGAGCAGGGCUCGCGUGCGGCUUCACGGGUUUGGCAGCAGGAUAUGCGAUAGGUCAUGUUGGGGACGCGUGUGUGCGCGCAUACGUCUACGAAUCGAAGAUUUUCGUGUCGAUGGUGCUCAUCCUCAUCUUCGCCGAGGUGUUGGGUCUUUACGGUCUCAUCGUCGCGCUCAUCAUGAACACUCGGGCUACUGAGGCUACAUGUUCGUAAAGAUGACAAGGUUGACAUGGACUAUACUGUAUACUGCCGCCCAUAAUCGAACUGCUUUCCCGAUGCUACGGGUCCAUAAGGGAGCACCUCUCAUCAACGUCUCCUUCUGCCGCCAGCUUUGCAUGACUGCGGCACGGGUUCUGGGAGCAUAUUAGGCAACGCUUGCACAAUCUCCUACUGCGCAAUCAUCGUCGACCCCUCCUAUCGUCCUCUUCCGAUGAGGACGAGCGCGACCGUCUUCGUGAACGCUUGUGGGCUGGAGAUCUGGAUCGCGACCUCGAGUCCGACCGCGAGGAGCCGGAACCAGAAUCCGACUCUGAGUCCGAGUCCGAACUUGAAUCAGAAUCAGAGUCAGACGAGCUGCUAUGCGAGUCGGAGUCCGAGUCCGAAUCUGAGCCGGAUGACGAUGACGAAGAUGAGCGGGACCGUUUCCUUCGCGAAGAGCCCUCUCCUUUGCCCUCUCCUUUCGCCCGGUCUUUCUCCUUAGCUUCCAGGAUACGAUUAGCCGUCCCCUUCUUGUUUUUAAACUCCUCUGGAACCUCCACGCUGGGCUUUCCCUCCUUCUUCAGCUUUGCCAAGAGCUUGGGAUUCUCAAGCUGUUGCGUUCGGCUGGGCCUCGCCAGAUAUGGCCUAGUGCUCUUGCACUCAAAGAUGUAGUGUCCUGUUCCGAGACAUUUCUGGCAGAUCGUUGACGACGUAGCGCGGGGUUGCGUGUUGACUGAGCGACGAUGAGGUGCGUAUUUCGACAUGGUGAA